AUGCUUCCAUUUAUCCGCCUUCCACGCUUUCUUUCUUUCUUUCAGAAGAAGAAGAAGAAGAAGAAGAAGAAGAAGAAGAAGAAGAAGAAGAAGAAGAAGAAGAAGAAGAAGAAGAAGAAGAAGAAGAAGAAGAAGAAGCGAUCGCUAUUGCUGGCUGCGGCGUACACUACAUUUAUUGGGUAUUGCUGAGUAUCGUUGCAAUCAUCAUCUUGAUAAAUGUGGGGUGCGUGCGUAUGUGCAUAUAACGCAUGUGAGAUCCCAGCCCCUCACCACCCACCCACCCACCCCCUCCCCUGUGUUAAAACUCACUGUGUAGUGUGGAACCAGGUCAUGUGUCGUACGCUCAGAGGGACGGCUUAGUUCUGUCAACCACUUGCGCCCAAUUCCCACAGCACAUGACCGACUGGCUUGACACGAACCCGCAGUUCAGUGGUUAGGGGCGUUGGACUACAAACUAACAGGUCGCGCGAUCGAAUCCCAGGUAUGGCGGGGUUGGGUAUGGCUAACUGACGAUGUCCAACAAGCCGGAAAUGACCAAUCCAGUCUCCCUUAUUGCUAUCAUCAAUGCUAUUCUGCCUAUACCACGCGUCUCACUGCAGCAGCAAUAUCCCAUAAAUGCAGUGUACGCCGCAGCCAGCAAUAGCGAUCGCUUCUUCUUCUUCCUCUUCUUCUUCUUCUUCUUCUUCUUCUUCUUCUUCUUCUGAAAGAAAGAAAGAAAGCGUGGAAGGCGGAUAAAUGGAAGCAUCAGUAAGCCGAUUAAUUGGGUAGAACUAGAAAUAGACAAAAUAGGUUAGAUUUAGUGUUUCUUCAAUGCUUCAACCAGCCAUUUUGGGUACCUGCCAUUUGAGACCGGAUAGUUGUGCGGAGCGUGGGUUGCAUGCACUCUAUCUGAUUCAUAGGUUACCAAGUUUCCACUUUGUUUGCAAGUCAGAGGCGCGUUCCGCCGUGAUCUUUGCCCCUCCCCCUUCCCCCCAUCGUUCGUCUCAGCGAAAGUGGGUGGUCUCAACGUCUUCGCAUCUUGACUGUUUUAGAUCGGGCAAGUUAGCCCAACCAGAUAGGAGGCAGGCAAGUUUAUGCAGAGGGUUGAUUACCGGUCGGAAGGCCUCCAGGCUUCUCACACUUGCCUCGAUGUGUGGUUGCCACCUCGCCCACAAUAUCUGCGGCGUUAAGGCUGAAGAUGUGUUACGUCUGCGUUGUCUAGGUUGCCACCUCCGAACGACUAACUGAUGUUUGUGCACUCAUGUUCAAAAUUGGCCUCUCCGACGUACUGUUGACUUUCCCUAGUUAGGGAUAUGGUGACUAGGUUGCAUCACUCUCAGGCGAACUACAGAGUCAGGCCAGUGCACCUCUCCUCCUUCCUAUGAUAUGUUGCAUGAGAAUGACAUUUGCCCUAUGAAUUCCAGAAGUACUGUAAUGUGCUUUCUGGGACAUAAGAGAAGAGCUGGUGAUUAUCAGCGGUGCCUGCAUGGCGGUCGUGUAGCGAUAACAACGGUGCGAGAUCUUUUGUGACGUUGUAGUUGUUUCGUAUCCUCGUUCGUUUGAAACGUGAACGUUGAGUGCAAGCAUUUAUUCGCACUGUCUGAGUGAUUGGGAACAGGAACGGUUAGAAAACCGUCUGAAUCGUUGCGGCUAAAUGGGAAGCAUAGUGAUGGGUCAGAGUUUCGGCAAGGAAGGGUUGCCGAAGGCAUGUGGGUGUGGAAGUCGAGGGAGGAAAGAAGCUGUGAGGAAAUGAGGAUCGCAGCUUUGCAAGUUGAUGGAGGCUUUGCGCGGUUUUCUCGGCUUUAGAGUAAAAUAGUCUGACUUUUCCUGAUGGUGAGACUACGUGGAAUUGUUGAGGUAUCGUGCACUCUUACUGCCGUUAAACCUACCAGAGUCGAUACUGCAGGAUGACCAUGCAUUGCUGCGGAGCUCACUGGUUCCGUUAUGCCUUGGGGUUCUCUCUCUCUCUCUCUCUCUCUCUCUCUCUCUUUAGAUUCCCGCCAGCAGCCGCAUAG